UAUACUUCAAGCGAGACAGAGCAGAGUCUCGGGCUAUGGCAAAUCUUUGGGCCUGCUGCCUGCUCGCUAUCAGCUUCAAAUGGAUGGACGUCCUGGGCCAGGAUCUAAACCAGACCAUCGAUCUGGGAAAGCUGGCAAAGGUAGUUGCACCACUAGCAACUGUACAUGCUCGUGUUGUGGGAGGUGAGAUGACCACCAUAGAGAAACUGGGCGGAUACUUGAUUGCCCUGCGCUACAAGAAGGACUUCAUAUGCGGAGGUUCUCUGAUCCACGACCUUAUUGUCCUGACGGCAGCUCACUGCUUCAUUGGUCGUGAGCAGGUGAAUAAUUGGCAGGCCGAGGGCGGCAUCACCAAACUGACCGACAAGGGCGAGGUCCGCAAGGCCAAGAAAUACAUCAGAUCCGGCAGCUUUCGAGUGGAUGAUUUGAACAUGGAUGUGGCGGUGAUGCUACUCCAAAAACCGAUGACCGGUAAGAAAAUAAAAAAAGUGUCGCUUUGCUCAAAGGAUCUCAAGGAGGGGACGAAGCUCACAGUUUCCGGCUGGGGACUAACCGAACCUAAACAGGUGAAGCCGGUGAAGGAACUACGUACGGUUACAGUGCCAAUUAUCAACAAAAAGAAAUGCCGGCAAACAUAUCGACCUACAUCCAAUAUAACGAACAGCAUGCUAUGCGCCUCGGUUCUGGGUAAACAGGAUGCCUGCACUUUUGACUCCGGAGGACCUUUGGUCUACGGCAACGAGGUCUGCGGAAUUGUAUCCUUCGGCAUCGGAUGUGCCAGUAGUCGCUAUCCUGGCGUCUAUACGGAUGUGUUCUAUGUGAAGAAGUUUGUCGAGGAGAGCAUGAAGAAUUUAUUAGAUAAUAAAUAAAGUUUUUAGACCCUAAAA